AUGCGGCGGUACGCGCCGCCGCUCGGCCGCAGCCGCAGCGACGGCGACCCGUUCCUCAGCAGCAGCAAGUCGAGCAACAGCAGCUCGCGCCUCGUGCCUCGCUCGACGUCCAGCACGACGUCGUCUCGAUCCACGACCACCACCAUGUCGUCGCUCAAGUCCAGUCGGUGCAAGAAGCGUCCGCGGAGUCUGGCCAACCACCUCGGCGGCUUCCUGCUGCACUCGGUCACGCCCCGAGAGUCGUCGAUCCUGCAGUACACGUCGCUCGUGUCGCCCGGGACACACACAGAGUACGACUUGGUGCUCGAGGACUCAAUGGUCUCAGGUGACGGAGCGCGGUGGGUCGUCUCGAGACGCUACUCAGGCUUCAGGUCGCUGCGCGAUGAACUAGCGCGAGUCUUUGACCGCCGCAACCACCCAGGAGCGGCGAACGACAGCACCCACGCGCACUGCAAGCACUGCGCGCCGAUGAACGAGGCGCUGGACAAGCUCAGCGCCAAGUAUUUCCCCAAGCGGCGGCUCUGGGGAUCCAAGAGCCCCAAGGUCGUCCAGCAACGCGCAGAGCAGUUCUUCAAGUACUUGCAGGGUCUGCUGGCCCUCGCGACGAAUCCGUCGACGCGUCGAUGUCCGCUCGUGGCGCUGGGUUUCGCGGUUCAGCUCAGGACGUUCCUCACGCUCGAGCGCGAGCCGUACCGAGGCGUUCCAGGCGCGUUUGGGGGCGGAGCGGUGCCGUUCCUGCUCAACGAGAUGACGCUGCUGGAGGCGCGCCCAGACAACGCCACCACGCUCAUGACCAUUGACGAGCUCGAUGCUGGCUACGCAGACUCCACGGACGAGGAGUACGACAUCAGACACCGCCACAACAACAUGGAUGACAACAGCCAUAGCUCGAUGAUCGACUUGGCGUCGCCUGUGUACGUGCUCGAGGAGCAGGACGACCUCCGCUCGUGGGACGAGCUGGAGUAG